GGAUGGGAGAAGACGAAGACAGAGAGUGGAAGAGUUGAGAUGUGUGAGAGCUGAGGCGGACACUAAAACACCGAGGAUCUGUCCGUUUUCUCCGCAUCACGUCUGUUCCCACCUGACGUGAAACAGACCGCCCUCUUCCUCCCUAAUUUCAUCCCUUCACACGACACACACUCACACACACUCACACACACACACGGAUCUGGAGAGAGCGGAUAAAUGUGGACCGCAGUGUCUCAUUUGCAGCAUCUCAUCAUCAGUGGGAGACAGACGCUGCUGCUGCUGCUCCAGAGAUAACAUCACAGUAUCUGGUAUGAAGAAUAGGGAGGUGUUGGAGGUGUCCCACGGGCAUGUUUGUCCUCUGGCCGUUCAGCCUGUGUGUCUCUGCUCUGCACACAGACACUCUGGGAGGCAGAAGAAAGACUGUCUAAAAAUAAACUGACACGCACCACCAGCAGAAAAACAAACUGACGGAUUGAAGAAGAAGAGGACAAAGAAGAUCUCCCCUUUUGUUUUUGUCUCUUUCACCCCAUCUGUCCCUCCCUCUCUCUCUGCUCCAUUUCUGUGUGUCUGUCCUCAUUACGGCCUGAGAGGAGGUCAUGUCCCAGUCUGGAAAAGUCCUUCAUUUGUAUGUAGAAGUGAGGUCUGCCCCAGAUCAGAGUGGAGGGAAGGAAGGGAUAGCUCAGGGGCAUUCGGUUCAGGACAGCCCAGCGGAGCUCCUGUCUCAGCUAGCGAGCCAGACAGCAGUCACCAAGACCUCCACGGCUCACCGUCUGGUUCAGGACUGCACACAGUCUCCUUCUAGAAACAGCUUUCAGCCCCAGCAAGCCAGCAGCUCCCCUAAAGUCGCAAAGCAUCGGAGUGCACCUUGUGAUGGAGUGUCGGCCAUCCACUCACCACCAAUGAUGCCCUCUUCUGGAAAGGUCACGCACACGCCUCCCAACUGCAGGAGGUUUAAGGAGGAGGAGGUCAGUGAUGGUACGCGGUCUGUCGUCACCUUCAGCUACAUCGAGAAGUCGAAUGUGAAGACCGUAGACAGUCCACGCAACUCUGUGUGCGAGAGACGGACCAGAGAGGAGAGAUCCACCCCCUCUCACUUUCGUAAAAGACUCAGCGACCCAGUUUGGUUUGGGAGUCCCGAUUCAUCGUGCAGCUCCAGUCCCAAGCUGACUUUCCGAUCUCCAGGAAGUCACCAGCAGAUGUUCUCUCCCGGCCUUCGCCAACCAGCCUUGGACCCCAUCGGCAGGGCAGCUACCCAGAGGGCUGUGGAGGAGUUUGGCUCCCCUCUGCUGAGGAUCAAACUAGCCCACGCGCUCGAGCAAGCCUCAUCCUCACGCUACAGCCGACAGCCGCGCUGUCAGUCCUGGGCUGGGUCUCCGGUUCAGCGUCCGAACAUAAACCUCAAAGACCGUGUCGCAGAUAGGAGCCAGGCUGUUUGUGGGCUGCCUCGGAGCCCCGCGUCAGACCAGCUGUGCUCCCAGUCCAGGCAGACUCCUCACUCGAAGCCCUGUGUCGAGAUCCAGAGUCCUCUUCACUGGUCAGGAGAGGACAGAGCUGUGACAGGAAGUCCAGCUGCAAAAAGACACGUUCACAUGUCCAGCAAUAGGAGCACUUCACCGCAGGGAGCAAUCCUUCAACUUGGCAAUAAUGUAGUUGAGGGCUUGAACCAGUUAAGUGACAGUAAAUCCUCCUCUCCAGCUCACAGCCCUGAGGUUGCCCGCAGGCUAGCAGAGGAGGCAACCAAAGUAUCUUCUAUUUUCACAGAGGCGAGACGGUCCUCACUGCACAACGCUUUAGGUGAGCCUGCUGGAGAAUUCCACAGUCCAGCUCCAAACGCACAACAGUCUAAGCAAACGCUUAAGAUGAACAUCCCUUUAAACGACCAACUCACGCCAGCAACUGACAACACAGACUCUCACCAGCCUGAAAACUCCGUCAUGCAAUCACAUGAAACAAACUCUAACUAUCAGACACACCUGGAGGACUGCGUUCAGAAGUCCAGCUCAAUUUUAUCAGCGGCUCCGAGUUCCCCCGCCAUUCCUUCACGCGUCCUCCGUCCCUCGCAUCCUCCCACUGAGCUCAGCUCUCCCAUGAGGGACCCCAGGCUAUUCCAAGCUGAGCUACGAGCACCGGAUACCCCCACCCUGCAUCGCCAUCAGCUCCCACAGUACGCCAGAGAGUCCUGGUCCCCGUGCCUGGACAAGAGAGGAGACUUGAGCUGUUUCGAGAGAGGGGACUGCACUGAGCUCGCUCGCAGGCUCUUCAUCAAUCAGAGCGUUGAGGAGGCUCCAGUCAGUUGGACGUCCAGGCAGCAGUGGGGGAAUCAGGUGGAGAGCAGCCCGAGGCCGAGCCCUGAGCCUGGAUUUGGGUCUAUAAAUAAUCAAACGUCUGAUCGUCAGUCGAGUCGCCGUCACAGGCCGCUCAGUCCCACGGCCCAGCAGAAACGGGCUGAGCAGAGGAGAAGAGAGAUCCUGCUGCUGGGACCAGUGGCGCUGGACUCUGCAGAGGAGGACGAGGGUUGUGAUGAAGAGGGACAGGGCAACGAGAUGGAGAGAUAUGAGGCAGAGCAGCAGAGGGUGGAGGAGCCUGCAGAGGCGGAGCAGAACGGAGCGAUGGGAGGGUCGUCCUCGCGGAGCUCCAGUGGGGUGACGGGCAGCUUGGGGGACAGGGACUGUGUGUCCCCCGAGUCCAGUCAGUCCAGUCACCAGAGCAACGAGACCGGGGCCGCCACCUCAGGAAUACAGACGGACAGUGGCUGUGCAGUCCCCGUGCCCUCGCUCCACUGUCAGAGGAUCGCUCGUGCCAAGUGGGAGUUUUUAUUUGGGACCCCUGCUGAGGAGGCUGCUGGCAGGGGGGAGAAAAAUUCUCUGGAGACCUCCACAGCUCCUCCCAGCGGUAACUCCAGCGAGUCUCCCACCCCGACUCCCCCUUCCUCCCUCCCUCUGCUUUCUGCCAAUCACGAGGUGCAGCACGUGGAGGUCGAGCUGGUGACCCCACCUCCCGCCGUUAUCGGGACGUCACCCAAAACCGGCAUCAUUCGCCGGACGUUAAAAUACUCAGAAACGGACCUGGACGCCGUCCCACUGCGCUGCUACAGAGAGACAGACAUAGACGAGGUGCUGCUGGCUGAGCAGGAGGACGCCGAUUCAGCGUUCGGGAGUAACCGCAGCGUGCAGGGCACCUCGGGGACAGGCAGCAGCCCACUGGGGGGGCUGGCUUAUGGGAGGACAGAUGGGGAGGAGGGAGAGGAGAGAAGAGGAGGAAGGGAGGAUGGGGAGGAGGAGGAAGAUGAAGAGGAGGAGGAGGAAGAGGAAGAGAUGGUGAGCUGGGCCAGUGUGAGGAUGCAGGGAGACAGCAGGAAGCAGCAGUAUGCAGCUCAGGAGGAGCCAGAGGUGUUUGGACACCUUCUGAAGAGACCCAUGGAGACAUUUUUUGACAACCACCACCCGGCCCUGAAAUCCCCCAUCCUGGUCUCCGGUCCUCGCUGUGCCACGGAGGACACCUUCAGCCGCCACUUUGAGAGCAUCAUGGAGUCCCACAGAGCCAAAGGCACGUCGUACAACAGCCUGGACAGUGAGGAGCUGCUGACCUCGAGCACGCAAACCGUCCUGACCUUUGACCUGCCCACAUUGACCCCUGCCAUCCACGGGCCGGUCUGCCAGAGCGCCAGGCAGAUCGUCCAGCUCAGCUUCGCCCCGCUGGCGCACGACGAGAGGCCCAGUCUGUCUGAUUCCAUCUUCACCAUGACGGGGGACUCGGACGCCACCCGAGCCCCCUCCAGCGAGAGGCUGAGCAGCGGGUCAGAAGACACGCCACCAAGAGGACGACAGUGUUCACAGCUGGGCAGCAGCUGGUACAGCAACCUGUCUUUCUCAUUACCAAGCAGGGACAAGGCUCGCCUGGCGACAGAUUCGGAGCUGGACCAGGACCUCAGUGACCGGCUGGGUCUGGGCAGCAGUGACACCCUCACCAAUGGCAGCCACCGUGCCGACGUGGCAGCCGCCAGACGCCUCGCCAAACGUCUCUUCAACUUGGACGGCUUCAGGAAGUCCGAUGUGGCGCGUCACCUCAGCAAGAACAAUGACUUCAGUCGUAUGGUAGCAGAGGAGUAUCUGAGUUUCUUCAACUUCACAGGACUCGGUCUCGACCAGGCGUUACGGACUUUCCUGAGGCAGUUUGCUCUGAUGGGAGAGACUCAGGAGAGAGAGAGGGUGCUGUCACACUUCUCCAAACGUUACUGGGACUGCAACCCAAAGGUCAUACCGUCAGAGGAUGCAGUUCACACUCUCACCUGUGCCCUGAUGCUGCUGAACACUGAUCUACACGGUCAGAACAUUGGUAAGAGGAUGUCGUGCACGCAGUUCAUUGGCAACCUGGAGGGACUGAACGACGGCCAAGAUUUUCACAAGGAUCUGCUUAAAGCUCUCUACAACUCCAUCAAGAAUCAGAAGCUGCAGUGGACGCUUGACGAGGAAGAGCUGCGGAAGUCGUUUUCGGAGCUCGGGGACAGCCUGUGUGACUCCACCGCCUCCAGAUCUGUGAAGGGGGAGGGCAGCAGCGGGAGGACGGAGGAGACGCAGCCGACCGGAUCACUGCUGUACAAGAAUGGGUUCCUGGUUCGCAAAGUCCACGCAGACUCAGACGGCAAGAGAACACCAAGAGGGAAAAGAGGCUGGAAGACCUUCUAUGCCAUCCUGAAAGGGUUAAUCCUCUACCUGCAGAAAGGGGAGUACAGGCCUGAUAAACAGCUGUCUGAGGAGGACCUGAAGAACGCCGUGUCUAUCCACCACUCUCUGGCCAUGAAGGCUUCAGACUACAGCAAGAGGCCCAACGUUUUCUACCUGCGCACCGCUGACUGGAGGGUGUAUCUCUUCCAGGCACCGAACGCGGAGCAGAUGCAGUCUUGGAUCACACGGAUCAACACGGUGGCCGCCAUGUUUUCAGCCCCUCCUUUCCCAGCAGCCAUCGGCUCGCAGAAGAAGUUCAGCCGGCCGCUGUUGCCGGGGACGAUGUCAAAGCUGUCGGAGGAGGAGCAGAUCAGAUCCCAUGAAGCUCGCUUCAGAACCCUCUCCACUGAGCUGGCCGAGCUGCGCUCCUACCCUCCUGAUCGCAAGGUCAAAGGGCGCGAGCUGGAAGAGUACCGGCAGCGAGACGAGUAUCUGGAGUUUGAGAAAACACGGUACGGCACUUACGUCAUGCUGCUGCGGGCUAAAAUCCGGAGCGGCGAGGAGGACCUGUCUGUGUUUGAGUCCCAGCUGCUGGAGGACAACGGGCUGCAGAGGGCUCACUCCAGCCCCACGCUGCAGGACAGCAGCCAGGCCAGCCAGAUCAGCCAGGCCAGCAGCACCAGGGACGGAGGCAACAGCAGUAAAGCCAGCGGCUGCAGCAGCAAGCUUCGACAGGAAGGCCAGAGACACAGCUACCGGCAGGCCGUCAAGAAGUGAGACGGGGCGGGGGCGCCGGGAGCGGCACAGCGUUGCACUGCCAGCGGCAGGCUGUCUCCCUGCAUAGGUUUUUAUUUGAGAUCCAGAGGGUUUGGAGCUCUGCUUGAAGGGGGAGCAGGAGUGAGGGUCCACCCCACGCCCUCCCCCGAACCAUGACGCCCUACCCGGCACCCCAAUCUUCUCAUCGAACAGAGGAGGUGCAGAUCCUGUGAGUGGCUGAGAAACACCAGCGAGGACGUUGGUGCAGGAGGUGGGAGGAACGGCUGGGAGGUCACAGGUCUGCAGAGACGAGGUGUCUUUGAGAACUGGGUGCGGCAGCAGACUGAACUGUGCAGCGAGAUCCAGAGAAGUGCUUAUAGAUCGAACACGGCACCACACGGGGACGUACAUCCAGCAUCCUUUCCUUUUCUCCCCUUUGGUUCUUCGGAGGCACCUCUCCCGCCACCUUCUCCCGCCACCUUCUCCCGCCACCUUCUCCCGCCUUUUUUCUUGACCUUUCACUCAGUUUUGGGACCAAACAUUUUAGAACAUCACAUUUUAGACGACUCAGUUGAAUUACUACACUGACAUGAAGCGCUGUAACAGUCACUAGACUUCAUCACCAGGGUCUUACGGAGCCAUUUUACAUUCCAGCUCCUUGUUUUUGCCACAUCACCGCGGUGUGUUCACAUUCCACACAGGAGCCGGACAUCACAGCUUUUAGCUCACUGAAGGUGGCAUCAAGUUGGGACGGUGCACAACACGUGGUGAGGAAGUGUUGAGGUGUGGCUGCGGAACACGGUGACACGGUGCAGCUCCUCUUUUCUCUCGUCACUGACGGCUGGUUCGAGGCGUCAGUGGAACUUGACACUACUCCUGAUAUGCAGCAAAAUGCAUCUCAUCUAGAGACUUUUGUUUUGUUGCUCUACUUGAACAGGCGAUCUCUUUCCCAGUUGCUUUGGCUUCUGUCCCGUGGCGUGCUUCUGUUCUCUUUCUAUUUCUUGGCCGAAUGUUGUUUUUCUCCAGUGAUCCGCAUGCCUGCAUCCAGCACUGCUUCUUUUAGGCCUUUUACUACUUUGAGGGCAGCAAACGUUGCUCUCCGGGGUCCUUUUUCUCCUCAUGCCGGUGCCAUAGCCAACACAUGUAAUCUGCGUCUGUACUUAUAGCCUCUCAUUUAUAAACCCUAUUUUAACACUCACCAGGCAGACCCUGAAUGUUCUUGUUUUUUCAAUAUUUUUACGGUAUUUUACAGUCGUUUGUUGAUGUUGAACCUCCUGUGUACGUCAAGUGUAUGAUGAAAUAUGAUAUUGAAAAUGUAAAAUAUGUUACCCAUACUCUUUGUAAACAUCCAGGAUGUGUUGUACAUAUAUAUAGCGCACCGUCAGCUUAUAUUGUAGGAUAUAUGAAGUAUAUAUAUUUACAAUAUAUUCAAACACGCUAUUGUGAAGAUGCAUUAGGUGCACUCUCUUGUAAGUCCUAAAAGCGCUACACGAUAAUCAUGUGUUUAUUUCUUACAUGGUAAUAAUUCAGCACAAUAUGAGUAUUAUAGUGACGCCUAUGUACCUAUCAGAGAUUAGUAAGUGAUGGAGGGGUUGUGACGGGGUCACACACACACACACACACACACACACACACACACAUGUGGCGGUGAAAUAAAGCUAAGUCAUGUGAUUUCAGCCGCUGUGGGAAGUGAUCCAAAGACAGCGCAUGGUUGGCUAGCAUGAUUUUAAAGGGAUCAGGGUUGUUGUCAGAGAUGCAUGAAAAAGGUGGGGAAUGUAUUACACACAAAAAAAAAAGGGAGGAGCUCCUGGUGUAGGAGGGUGAGGGCGGCCUGGUUUAUGUUUUGGUUGGUAGCCAUAAACGCCUCAUAGCAUCAUAGCCAUUCUCUACUCAGGCUUUAAAGUGACACCUUGAGCAGCUGCAGCGCCGGCGUCCAACCAGCAGGGAGAGCUGUCCACAUUUUUUCAGCCAUAAUCACACCUGCUGCACCUGCAGUGAAUAUGCAUGGCCACUCACCUGAAGGGUGGGGGCGGGUAUCGCAGGGCUAAAUGACACAACACCUGUUUGAGUUUGUUUCAGUUUUCGUCCAUCUCGCCGUCUGUUGUGCAGCGUGUGCAGCGUGUGCAGCGUGUGCAUGCUGCCACUGAGCUGGAGGCAGAAUUAUCCAGCUAGCUGUCGUGUCGUCUGAAGCUUCCUCCACCCAGCGUCAGUCCCCAUGUUGUUUACUCUAAAUGUGAAUUUGUUUUUGGAACGCUUGAUGAAAUAUUCAGGCUCAGUGUUUGCCUCCGGAUCACGUUCUGCCUGCAGCUUCAGAGCUGAGACAUAACUCCAUCGACAGAAAGUCAGUCAGCACUUUUGUUUGAGUCGCUCUUCAAGCAAAAAUGCAAAACAUUCCCAGUUCCAGCUUCUUCUGAGUGUUUCCUUCUUUUCUGUGUCGUGUGUGACAGUGACACUGGGUAUCUUUGGACAAAUGGAGCACAGUGGAGACACUUGUGACUGCUGUUUUCACUGCUUUCUCAAUUUGGUCCACCAGAUGUUUUAUCGAUAACAGUGAUGGGUGGAAAUCGAUUCUUUAUGUCCAGUAUGAACCGGCUCAGACUGUCGAACCUCCCAGUGAUCAUGAACCCCUCUCCAGUCGAGAUCUUAGGAUAGUGAAGGAAUGACCCUCCCUGCGCUCCCUCUGAUUGUCUGGUACUCUUUGCCUUUGUUGGUUGGACUGGUGAGGGUUAGGCUAAGAGUGUCAGGGUGAGCUGAUCAGAGGCAGAGUGACGCAGAACAUCCCAAAUUCACCACCAGCCAGGGCCGAUGGUGCAUUCACUUGCUCCUCAGAUGCUUGUCCUUCCAAUUUCAGUAUGUUCAUGAGCUUUAGGGCUGCGUUCAGAUAUCUUUUCUUUUUCUUUCCAAUAAUCAGAUCGGAUUUGUGCGUCCAGACAUCACCAACCUCUCUGUAUGGGUUGCUGUGGUAACAACGUAGAGGUCAUUGAUUAUGUAGCUGGUUCCAGCUGGUGUUGUCCUCUUUAGCACUCUGUUAGCAGCAGCAUGGAUCUGCUCAAAGACACUUUGAAAUCCGAUCCAGACUGAGACACAUCCGUAAACACAGAUUGGAAUUGGAGUCAACCACCUCCAAAUGUGGUUUGGAUCAGAUUUUAAAAACUUCAUGUGGUUGUCUUGUUGUCUCGACUUCCCAGAAUCAGUCUGGAUGUGCCAAAACACAAUUUGGGCUGACAGUCUGAACGAGGCCUCAAUUACGAUGUGUCGAACAAAACAACAACAGCAGAGGAAACAGAUCAGCUGAGACCUGAAAUGUGAUUAUUAUUCCGACACCACAUGAAUGCAGCACAGGGCUGAGGAGGUCACUGGGACGUCGGCUACUUGCUCCUCAAAAGUGGAAAGCUGAAUCAAUGCAUUGAAAUCUUUGUUAGUGUAAAUGUAGAUGUGAUGACUGGGAGGUUGUGUUGAACGUGCACGUGCCAUAACGAGGUGUCACAGAGACACUGACACUGUGUAUUGCAAAAAUGAUCAGAACUCAAAAGGUCGGAGAGGUUCGACACAUUCACAUGAAUCGAUCGGAAGACACAGAAUUGAUCGACCCGUCACUGAUCGAUAUCAAGUUUAUCUCUAACUCUCAUCUUUAUCUCCUCUGCUCCUCUCGUCUCUCGUCUCUCCUUCACCUCAGUCACUUCUCAGUCAGGUGUUUUUUAAAAAAAGGUUGGUGUGGAUAUUGUUGCCAUGGCUGACAUCUUGUACCUUUCAGCAGUUAUAUAACUCCACAUCACGGCUCUGUAUUUAUUAAUAGUGUUUGACUCUGCUGUUUAUAAUGUGGCCAAACUGUCAGACUCAUGCUGAGUGCCAUUCAUGGAGGAGGAGGAGAAGAAGAGGGGAGGUCUGAUUCAUUCUGUCAACCUCAGAUAAACACUGAUGUUUCAUACAUGUGAGGACACUCAUCAGAUUUGAUCCUGGAAUCUUACAUUUAGUUUUAUCUCACACAUCAACAGCUCUCCUUCACAUUUAUCUCUAACUGGAAAUCUUUUUGCGUCCCAGUAUCAUUUGAUGUCACACAGUCCCCUAAAUGCACCGUUUAUAACAAUCAUUUAGCACAAAUGUCACCAGACAGUCCACCCUGCCUCUGUUCUAGAGCUUCUUCUUAAUCCUUAUCAAAUUUCCCUUCAUCCUUUAAUUUGAGGUCAAGAUUGAACUUUGAGGGGCGCCCGCUAGUUCAUCUGGUAGAGCAGGCGCCCCUCAAAGUGUACAAAGGCUGCGUCCUCGUCGCAGCAGCUGCAGGAUUGAUUCCACCUCACACUCACUAUAUCUGUCCUGUGAAAUAAAGGUAAACAGCUCAAAAAAAUUAUUAAAAAGGAACUUUCAGUUUCAAAUGUGUGAAACAUGUGCGUGAGAGCUGAAACAAUUAGUCGGUCAAAAAGGAAAUAUUCUAAUAGUUGAUUCAUCUCCAUCUUUAAAGCUAAAGUGUCAAAUAUUUUCUGCUUCCAUCUUCUCAAAUGUCAAGACUGUUAUUCUUUAACAUAUACGACAUUAAAUUAAAUCAAUUUGAAUUUUUGGACAAAAGCAUGUCGCCAUCGACUGUCAGAUUUUAUAUUUUUCACUAUUUCUGACCAUUGUCCCGCUGCUCCACAGACUGAGGCUAACGCCAGUAACUGUGCUCAACAAAAUGUUUUGACUGUUCAGCCAGAUGUGUUUUACAAAUACUCGUAUUAAAUGGAUCCUCUUAAAGUAGUUUUUAUGCCUAAAAAUCAUGAUCAGUGAUUUGACCUUUGACCUCAGUGAUGCACUAAAACUGUAUUCACUAAUUUAACUUUAACAGCGGUGCUGCUGAUGUGAAGGCAAAGUGCAGUUUUUAUUUUUAUUAGAUUCAUUUUAAUUUCAUUUACAGACGUCUGUUUCAAGUUUAAUUUUGUUGUAACAUUCACGUCAUCAGGUUUGAACUAAAUUAGGACUCCUUGGCAUCAAUCAUCAUCUUCAUCACUGAUCUUGCUCUGGCAGGGGUGCCAAACUACGGCGUGUGGCCAAUCUGAGACCUGCUUUUAAGAUGGCCAGUGUCUCUUUUUUUUGUUGAAUAAACUAGAAUACGGCAUGAGAAUAUUUCCAAUAAAUCACUCUGUGUGUACAUUUCACAGCCGCGUUUUAACACAAUGUUGCUGUCACCUUGAGCAACGAGGCUAACAGCUCCGCCACUGCAUGUCGUGAUUCCAACACUAGUUCAGUUUUAUUUAUAAAGCCCAAUAUCACAGAUCACAAUUUGCCUCACAGCUGAUCAGGAGAAACUCCACAAGAAACCCUUUAACUGGGAAAAUGAUGUCGCUACUUCACCCACACUGAUUGACUUCUAGUCCAUAACAACUUAGACCUCAGUAAACGUGUUCAUGGACCUGAAAAGACGCAGGAUUGGGAAAUACUUUUGUGAUAUGACCAGUAACCUGCUGUGAUGUCAGAUAUGAAACUGUUCAGUGGUGUCGUGUCGUAACUUUGAUAGUAAAUUAAUUUUCUGGUCCACAAACAUUGAUUUUCUUGCCGUGUUCCUGGUUGGAAACUGUUCAUUUAUUUGACCUGUAACCUCUUAAAUGUUUCUGUACGUGUCCUACAGUCAAAGACGUUUGGCCCCUGUGCUGAGGUCUUUGUCAAGUUAUUAUUUUAUCCAUAAUAUAUUAUGUUCUGAUACAACACGACCCCAACAGAAUCUCUAGUAAUAUUAUUACAUCUACAGUGUUACACAACAUGUGACCAUCUGAAAUAAACUGUUUUUAUAUUUUCAGUCGUCCACACUGAUUCACACUGGUCCACACUGGUCCACACUGGUCCACACUGGUCCACACUGGUCCACACUGGUCCACUUCCACCAGUGGGCCAACCUAAAAACAGAUGAGUGUUCUCAGCACAGGCUGUACGCUCUCCUUACACAGUAUGGCUGGAUGUGGUGUGUAAGACAGGCAGUUCUUCACAGCCUCCACCUUGACAAACUCUCCAAGGUCCUCCCUUCCUCCUCCUCCUCCUCCUCCUCUUCACCUCCCCAUGUGUUGUCACCUCUCACUUACAUCAAAGAGCAGCAGCAGGAUCUCCAUGGCACUGGUUAGCAUGGAAAUGACUGGUUCCCCUGGUGACGGCUCUCUGAUGCUCGAGUGAAAGUCACCUCGUCGUCCUGCGUUCACGGCGGCAGAAUACCUCUGUUAAAGCAGCAGUGCAUGCCUGCGGCCAGCUGUCCUCUACAAAAUACUGUUUUCAUUUAUGCCCAUGAACGCCUCGUUUCUGAAUGUAAAUAAAGCAUGAGAUAUUAUGGCCUGUUUUCAUUUAUACUAUGAUUAGAGUAUUACACAAAGGGUUAAUAUUUAAGGUAGGUCAACUGUUUUUCUGUUUUUUUUUUCUCGUCCUUGAGCUCAUGGUCUUUUUUUAUUUUUUUAUUUCUCUCAAUGUGAAUGAAGGAAAUGGCUAUAUUUAACGCUGUCGUACGCUGUUGUGUUUUAGAGACUCGAGCCGGCUCAUACGAAUCUUUUUACACGUAGAGGUCUGUUCUGAUCCAUCUCAGUGUUUUUUAGACUGGUGCAGGUAAGGCAAUGUUCAUCUAAUGCUACACACACAGUGAGCUUCACGUGUCACUGCCUUGUUAUAACUCACCAAGAAAUGUUGUCUGUGAGCUUCUCACUUUGGGAGGCAUAGAAAGUGAAAAUAAAAGUGUUUUGAAAGGUUCAA